AUGAUGGGAUUUUCAACUCGAUCCCUCGCUUAUUUUUUGGCGGGUUGCCUUCAUCUUGUUACGGCUUCUCCUUUGUACGGUAAUCCCGAAACCAUGGAACCAUCUUCACAAAUACUCGAGAAGCGCUCUACUGAUGUCUUCGAUAAAGUCAUUGAUACCUCUGAUCCGAUUGCUUUGUUCGGCUCUGCAAACCAUCCUUUGACACCUGCUGGUGUGUCCGAAAAUGGAAUGCCCAUCGAAACAAACAAAUUCUAUGACAACCUUUUGCUUGGCUCCAGAACCUCCUUCCUCUAUGCUGACCCAUACCGUUAUUGGUGGCAGUCUUCCAACACUCAAUCUGGCUUAUGUAUUGGCCAUACCGAUGAGAACCAACGGGUCUUCGACUGGGGUAGCGCCGUUCCCAAUUUCUAUUUCAACCCAAUUGGUCUUUGUUCUUUGGGUUUUGGUGCUUCUGGAAUGACCGAAGCCAUUGCCCCCGAGGUCGACGAAGUCGAUCAAAUGUCCGCUCGUGUCAACUUCAACUGGGGUUCUUCUUCCAUGAAGAUCUCUUUAGUCGAAGGUUUGGCUUUUACCACUGCUGAGUACUCCAAUGCAGUUCCGGAGAUUUUUACCUCUACCUUCUUUAUGAAUGGUAUCCAAUCGGUUUCUGGAUCUUCUGCCUCUCAAAAAUACAAAAUCACUUUGUCCGACGGCCAUAUUUGGCUCAUUUAUGUGUUUGGUGACCAACUUACUUUGAAACCUAACGGAAACCAAGUCCUCGUUGGCUCAAACUCCUUUACUGGUUAUAUUCAAAUUGCAAAGAUUCCCUCGGGUGAUACCAAAGCUGAGUCCGUAUACGAUAAGUAUGCUGGCACUUAUGUUACUGGUAUUUCUGUUUCUGGUAAUGUUGAUGGCGAUACAGGUUACUACACCUUCACCUUGAAGACUUCCGGUCAGGGUUCCGGUGUACCUUUACAUUUCUUGUUGCCUCACCAAAUGGACUCGCUUUCCUCGGGUGCAUCCUCUACCGAACUAUCCUUAGUUUCCUUGGUUAGCGGCUACGCUACAGCUGUUGCCGGUAACUCCAUUACUUUUGCUGAUACCGUUCCUAGCGAUAUUCACUUCUUGCCCUGGUCACCUGAAGGUAAAAAGGUGGGUUAUUCAACUGAUGCACUCAAUAACAUUAAGGCUGCUGCAACUCAAGAGGUAAACGGUAAUAUGGAUGCUGACAGUAAUUUGGACUCUAUGUAUUAUAGUGGUAAAGUUCUUGCCAAAUAUGCAAUGCUUUGUCUUACAGUCAACGACAUCCUGAAUGACAAGGAGAUGAGCAACACCUGUGUUAAAAAACUAGAAAGUGCCAUGGCUCGCUUCGUUGAUAACAAGCAAAUUAAUCCUUUGGUUUAUGAUUCUACUUGGAAAGGUGUAAUCAGCAAAGCUGGUCUUUCUGGUUAUGCUAUGGCGGAUUUUGGAAACACUUAUUACAACGAUCACCACUUCCACUAUGGCUAUUUCGUUCUUACAGCCGCCGUUAUUGCUCAUAUCGACCCUAACUGGAUAAAUGUUGGUAAUAACAAGAAAUAUGUUAAUUCUCUUAUUCGUGAUGUUUCUAAUCCCACCAGCAAUGAUCCCCAUUUCCCUGUUCAAAGAAUGUUUGAUUUUUACCACGGCCAUUCCUGGGCUGGAGGUCUUUUCGAGUCAAAUGAUGGCAAGGACGAAGAAUCUACCUCAGAGGAUUACAAUUUCUUUUAUGGUAUGAAGUUAUGGGGUGAAGUUACCGGUGAUGAUGCUAUGGUGGAUCGUGCAAAUAUUAUUUUAUCUGUUUUAAAGCGUUCACUUAAUAAGUACAUAUACUAUUCGGAAGGAAAUGUUCAACCUAAAUCUAUGCAACCUAAUUAUGUGGCCGGUAUUACCUUCAUGAACAAAAUCACCCACGUUACUUAUUUCGGUACUAAUCCUGAAUUCGUUCAGGGUAUUCAUAUGCUUCCAGUUACUCCUAUUUCCGCCUAUAUUCGAGAACAAUCAUUUGUUAGAGACGAAUGGAACAAUAUGCUUCUCAAUGCUCUUGGUGCAGCUGUUCCUUCUUGGAGAACCUUGUUGUAUGCUGAUUAUGCUAUCGUAGAUCCAUGGACCAGUUACAACUAUUUUGCUACUCCUGCUUUCCAACCCAGUUGGUUAGAUGUCGGUGCUUCUCGUGCUUGGUAUUUAGCAUUUUCCGCUGGUCUGGAUGGAAGAAAUGCUGUUUACUAUCCCACGAACCCAGAUGGUUCUAAUUCCGGUUCCUCUUCCUCUUCGUCUUCUUCUUCUUCCCCUUCCCCUUCCACUUCCUCUCCCUCUUCCCCUUCAACUUUAACUUCAAUUUCAUCUUAUGUGACCACUACAACUACUUCUGUUUUUCCGGAUUUGAAGCCCACUAUCGUACCUACGUCUACCUCUUCAUCAAGCUCGGGCCAGAAGACUUGUAAUAUGGCUGUGUACGAUCCUUCUACAACCGUUUGCGACGAGAACGUCCUUUGUCCCAUUGUGAAUGGCGUACCAUACUCGAAUUGCAAUGGUGCCUGCUAUAAUCCUAAAGAAUACGGUUGUUACAAAAACACAAUAAGCCCGAAUAUAAAUCCUACGAGUUAUGUGUCAUCUCCUGUCAGUACAACAGAUCCCAUUUCUAAUACUGCUACUAAAACCGGUUCAACUUCUUCACCCAAACCUACUUCUGGAAUGCAAAAAUGCGGAGAUACCACGUACGAUGCUAGUGCUAUUACUUGUUAUUUCAAUGACAUUCUUUGCCCUAUUGUCGAGGGAAAUGUUUAUGAAGUAUGCAAUGGUUCUUGCUACGAUCCCUCCAUGUAUAGCUGCGACAAUGGUUCUGUGUCUCAUAAAGGUAGUUCGAAAUCUUCUACGUCUGCUAAGUCGGCUUAUACCUCUCCCAGUACUACUCCUACUUCUAAAUCUUCUACGUCUGCUAGCUCGACUUCUGCCCCUUCCAGUGUUACUCCUACUUCUCAACCUUCUACGCAUGCUAUUGCUCAAUGUGGCUUGGCCUGGUACAAUACUAAGAGCUAUAUAUGUUAUGGUAACUUGUUGUGUCCCAUUAUCGGUGAUAAAACAAUGCAACCUUGUGGUAAUGCAUGCUAUGAUUCCGAUGCUUACGAAUGCCUAGGUGGUAAACUUAUCACUAAGUAA